UUUCUAGCAUGAUCUUUUGUAUUCAACCUUCAAGUUCGUCCCAGCAGCAAAGCAUUGUGGGAAGGCAUGGAACCGUGAAACCCUAAAGUAUGGCGGAUGGGGAAGAGCCGGCGAAGAAAAGACAGAGAAUAGAGGAGCAGCCUAAGAAGUUCACAAGUGGACAGUGUAAGAAAGCAAAACGAUGAGGGCGAAGAUCUUAAUGAAGAUGAAGUUUAUUCCAACGUAGCAGUGACAAAAUACGUGAAAAUGGCAGUGGAUGUUAGCAGCAGCGGUGAUUGGGAUGGGCGAUGGAGCCAUGUGCAGAAGUUUCUGGAGAGGUCUGGACCCUUCACACACCCUGAUUUUGAAGCAAGCGAGGAGACACUCCAGUUUUUAUUGAAAACAUGCAAAAUUCUCGUGAUUGGAGCAGGAGGCCUUGGCUGUGAGCUCCUAAAAAACCUGGCACUAUCAGGGUUUCGGAACAUUCACGUCGUAGACAUGGACACUAUUGAUGUGUCUAAUCUGAACAGACAGUUUCUCUUUAGGCCUAAAGAUGUUGGCCGUCCUAAGGCAGAUGUAGCAGCUGAAUUCAUCAACAGUCGAGUUCCAGGAUGCCAUGUUGUCCCACACUUUAAGAAAAUUCAAGAUUUUGAUGAAUCUUUUUACAGACAAUUCCACAUAAUUGUGUGCGGCCUGGACUCCAUCAUUGCUCGUCGCUGGAUGAAUGGAAUGCUGUUGUCACUGCUUAUGUAUGAAGAUGGGGCUUUGGAUCCCAGCUCCAUAAUCCCACUAAUAGAUGGAGGUACAGAAGGCUUUAAAGGGAAUCUGAGGGUUAUCUUGCCUGGUAUGACAGCCUGCAUAGACUGCACACUGGAGCUGUAUCCUCCGCAGGUUAAUUUUCCAAUGUGCACUAUUGCAUCAAUGCCGCGGCUGCCCGAGCACUGCAUCGAGUAUGUAAGAAUACUGCAGUGGCCCAAAGAGAAACCAUUUGGAGAUGGUGUAGCUCUGGAUGGUGAUAAUCCUGAACACAUUCAGUGGGUGUUUCAGAAGUCUCUAGAGAGAGCAGCUGAGUUCAACAUCACUGGAGUCACCUACAGACUCACACAAGGUGUGGUUAAACGAAUUAUCCCUGCUGUUGCAUCCACCAAUGCAGUCAUUGCUGCUGCUUGUGCUACAGAAGUUUUUAAGAUCGCUUCAAGUGCUUAUGCUCCUUUGAAUAAUUACCUAGUGUUUAACGAUGUGGAUGGCUUGUACACGUACACCUUCGAGGCAGAGCGGAAGGAGAAUUGCACAGCAUGUAGUCAAGUCCCUCAGAAGCUACAGUUCCCUCCGUCUGCUAAACUACAGGAAGUGCUGGAGUAUCUGACUGAGAAUGCCUCCUUACAAAUGAAAUCUCCAGCGAUCACUGCAACACUCGAAGGCAAAAACAAGACACUUUACUUGCAGAGUGUUGCUUCAAUUGAAGAAAGAACAAGGCCCAAUCUGUGCAAAACUUUAAAAGAGCUGGGGUUGACUGAUGGACAGGAGUUAGCUGUGGCUGAUGUCACCACUCCACAAACAGUUCUCUUCAAGCUUAACUUCACUUCCUGAACACAACUAGUCCUGGACAUUAUAUAAUAUCCCCUUCUAUAGGUCAUGUCCUUCUCUCAUUUACAGAAAAACUGCAUUGGAACCUCUUAGAUGAAAUGGAGUAAUAUUUAAGAAUAUAUUUCUUUGUAUAUAUAAGGCACUUUGCAGUGUAUGCAGGACUUCUUCUUUUAUCAUAAUUCUCCUAUUCACCUGAAAAACUCUGGAAAAGCUUCAACAGUUAUUGGGUCAUUUAAUUAAUUGGUUUCACAAACCAUGAGAGAGCAGAGAAGAGAUUUCUAGCUCUUACAGCAUUCUACACUGGGGAUGAAGGUUUAUUUUGAGCAUUUAAUGACAACUAAUGGUUGUAUUAAAGGUUUUUUUUUUUUUGGUCCAUCUGUUAAAUGUAAAUAUUUCUUCACUUGUAUGCUUGUCAGUGAAAAUGCUCUGUAAUAAAAGGAAGCAUUUGCAGGG